AUUAAUUUCCUCGCCAAUCCAUUUCGCUUUACACUGAAGGCAAGAUGAAGUUGACCGUAGCGUUACUAUCUUUGUUCUUAGUGGCUUCAGCUGUUGUGAAUGGUGAGGAGACAGAAGAACUGCCAUUAGCUGAACUAUGUGAUCCAGAAAUAUGCAAACUACCGAACUGUCGGUGCUCGUCUACUCAAAUACCCGGAGGAUUAGCACCAAGAGACACACCACAGUUCGUCAUGUCUACAUUCGAUGAUAAUGUGAAUAUUAUUAACAUUGAAACAUAUCGUGAGAUGCUUUACGAUCGCAAGAAUUCUAAUGGUUGCCCUGCCGGCGCAACUUUCUACAUAAGUCACGAGUACACCAACUAUAGGGCAGUUAACGAACUCUACAACAAUGGAUUCGAAAUCGCUUUACACUCCAUCACGCAUCGUACUCCUCAAACAUUUUGGGCGGAAGCAACCAAGGAAGAUAUGAGAAAAGAGUUUGCCGAUCAACGAGUGCAAAUGGCACACUUUGCAAAUAUCCCACUGACUGCUAUUCAAGGUAUUCGAAUGCCCUUCCUCCAAUUAGCGGGUAACGCUAGUUUUGAGGUGUUGAAAGAAAAUGAUAUGUUAUAUGACUGCUCCUGGCCUACUAGGAACUUCAUCAACCCUGGAAUCUGGCCAUACACGUUGCAUUACGCCUCAAACCAAGAUUGUCCCAUCCCUCCAUGCCCCACAGCCUCAAUUCCCGGUCCUUGGAUAUUGCCUAUGAUUGGUUGGAUAGACCAAAUGGGCUUCCAUUGCUCAAUGGCAGAUGCUUGCUUUGCUCCUCCCAGCGUAAACGAUGAGAAUGCCUGGUUUGAGUUCAUUACUGAAAACUUUGAGAGACACUACAAGGGCAAUAGAGCACCCUUCGGCAUCUUCUUCCACGAAGGAUACUUCAGAUUUAAUCCAGCUGUCAGGAAUGCUGUUACUAGAUUUUUGAAUGUCGUCAACAACUUACCUGACGCUUUCAUGGUGAACUCCCGUGAUGUAAUCGAAUGGGUCAAGUCACCUGUUCCAGUGAAUGAGUACAAGAGACAACCAUGCCGACAAAAUGUCCCCACCAACUGUCCUUUUUCCUCCUGUGGUCCUCUUAGAGCAACUCACACAGAAGAACAAUUCUGGAUGCAGAUUUGCAAUGUCUGCCCCAGAGUUUAUCCAUGGUAUGGCAACCCACUCGGAGUGUAAAGAUCAAACUAAGC